AUGCCGUUCAACCUUUCGCAAUGCGCAAGGCCAAACAUAUUGAAACUCCACCCAUACCGUUGUGCUCGGGAUGACUACAAAGACGAUGGAACCAAUGUCCUACUCGAUGCGAAUGAAAAUGCCUACGGUCCUGGUCUUAUACUCAACGGCAAGAGUGGAAAUACAAGUUCGACAGACAUCGACUUCCUCGGCCUGAACCGAUACCCAGACCCUCACCAGCAUGAAUUGAAAGAGAAGUUUUGCAGGUUGAGGAACACAUAUACCCAUACUAGCAAGACAUUGAAGCCGGAGAACUUGUUCUGUGGUGUUGGGUCAGACGAGGCUAUUGAUGCUUUGCUGAGAUGCUUCUGCAGGCCAGGGCAGGACAAAAUACUGACUUGUCCUCCUACCUAUGGAAUGUAUGCUGUCAGCGCGGACGUCAAUGACCUUGAAAUUGUGACUGUACCUCUGAAUGUGGAAGAUGGGUUCUCGUUGCAGGCAGAGAAAGUAUGCGAAAAGCUAUCCGACUCAUCGAUAAAAUUGGUCUACAUAUGUUCACCUGGUAAUCCUACUGCAAGCCUGAUUAAGAAAGAGUCAAUACAAAAAAUACUAGAACAUCCGACAUGGAAUGGGGUAGUUGUGGUUGAUGAAGCAUACAUUGACUUCUCUCCCGAUGGCUCGAGUCUGGCUGAAUGGGUAUUAGAAUGGCCAAACCUUGUCGUGAUGCAGACACUGAGCAAAGCAUUUGGUCUUGCAGGUAUACGUUUGGGUGUGGCAUUUGCUUCUCCAGAGAUUGCAACAUUAUUGAACAAUAUGAAAGCUCCAUACAACAUCUCCUCACCUACCAGUGCGAUUGCCAAUGCUGCAUUAGAAGAGCGGAGUCUGAAAGUUAUGCGCGAGAACAGGAAGAAAAUCAUUCAGCAAAGAGAAAGGUUACAAAAAGAAUUGCCCAAAGUCCCCGGCAUAGGUAGAUUUCUAGGAGGUGCCGACUCAAAUUUCCUGCUGGUUGAGAUUCUGGACAAACCAAAAGACCAAGGUGGAAAGCCGCAUAAUCCAACUGCCCUGGAGGUGUACGAAACAAUGGCAGGCAAAAGAGGAGUGGUUGUUCGAUUUCGAGGUAAGGAAUUGGGCUGUACAGGAUGUUUGCGUAUAACAGUAGGGACAGAGAAGGAAGUCGAUAGGUUUUUGCAAGAGUUGAAGGAUGUAUUACGAGAGAUAUUUGCUCGAGGGACGAGUCUGACCAACGGACAAGCCCACCAGGAAGAAGCAAACGAAGUCAUCGCUUGA